AUGCAUAAAAUAUUCUAAUUUUGGAUAUCCUAGCCCAGUUUAUAUGCAAUUAUCCAUCAGGUUGAAACACGUUGUUCUAAGAUGAAUUUAUAGGAAAUGUAAAGAAGGCUUACGAAUGAUUUCUAUGGAUCUUGUAAUUUACUCAAAUCGAAAUGGAAAAUCUUAAUAAUAGGAGGCAUUUAGGUCAUUCCUAUUGAUUUCAGAUUGGUUAGGUUGGUUACUUAUAAUUGCUGCCUCUAUUUUUUCCAUUUGGUAAGAAAUAGUGUUAUAAUAAUCCUUUAUUAUUUUUAUGUGAUAGUUGCAUUCUAUACUAAAUAUUAUAUAAAUUUCCCAAAAAUGUAAUAAAAAGUAGUCUUUGAAUAGCCUUGUCCAAAAUAAGUGACUGAUGUGCCAUUUUAUGAAAGUGAUAGCAAAACCUACUGGAGGAAGAUAAGAAAUGUUUGCCAUUCAAUUCGAUUAUUCUAAAUGCCUAUUAUCAAAUCUAUUUAAUCACCCGACGAAGUGACCUUCAAUCAGAAUCUAACCAAAUUCCGAUCGUGUACUCAAAUAGGUUUACUUAAUAAUGAGGAACAAAUGGCCAAAAAGAGAGCACAUGAUGAUCUAAGUGAUGCUAUGAAAGCUAUAAAGCGAGAAAGAGAACUCUUUUAUUAUGUGGAGAAGGGCACCUCAAUUGAUCUAAUUGAAAAAAUUCUUAUGAAUGAUCCUAAAAGAUACCUUUAUGAACCAAAAAGUCCCUUGAGAUUAGUGAACAAAAAGAAUUCUUAAGGAUUCACUCUAUUAUACAUAGCAGCAAAGAAUGGAUUUGAGGAUGUUUGUAAUAUCCUAAUUUAAUAUGGUGCUGAUUAAAAUAUUUCAGUAUAAAUAAAUUAAAUUGAUGAUUAUCCAUUGGUAGCUGCAUUUCGAUGGAGACAUUUUGAGAUUAUUGAACUUCUAUUGGCCAAUACUCCUAACUAAAAAGUGAAAAUAUUAUGUUAAUAAUCACUCGACAAGAGUCUAAGACAAAAAUAUUCUUAAUAUUUUUGAAAAUGUAUUCAUAUGGUUACUUAUUUUCUAUAUGUAUGUAUU